GAAAAUUCAUACCAAAUUGGCAAAUUACCCUCUGUGGCGGUGCUGGAGCCAGAUACAAGCGACAAAAAUGACCUGCAAAUGGUCACAAACCCGGAGGGCAGGAUGACUGACCUGCGGCCUGGUGAACCCUUGAUAAGCGGCCGAUCUCACAAUGGGGAACGCCUGGAACGCGGAGGCAGUCGCCACACAGAGCCCCGUGAUCCCCCCCACGGACCAGUGGAUAUCCCCAUCCGGAAGGUUACCUGGCGGAGACAAGCGCAACUACUCAGAGGCCUCCCAAAGCGGGAAACACAGCGACCCAUACACUAUGGCGGACGCCACACGCAUGGCGCAACCCAGACCCCAGAUCUCGCACAACACCAUGCUUGACAAAAUCUUCAAGGAAUUCUGGGCAAAACUGAACCAAGCACUGCAAGAGGCACCCUUGCUAAUGCCAGGCUACAACGCACCACACAAGAGAACCCCAAGCACUCAGCACCCUCCAGCAGCGGGGGCCCCAGGCCGGCGACACUGCCAUGACCAGCCCCCUGCCGGGAACCAGAAGAAGGAGCCGGCAGAACCGCCAAAACUCAAGCGGAGGGGAGGGCAGACGGGGACACCGGGCCGCCAGCUGCCUGCAGCCCGAGCACAUGCUGAACCAGCUAGGAGGCGAGCAGCUACCCGACACCGACCGAAGGCACAGGCCGCUGUGGCGGGACGCCCCCGCUACUCCCCACUUAUUACAGGAAGGCUGAGACAACACGGGUGGCGCCCUGAAGAGGACCCAGUAAGCUGCAUACCAGCCGCCAAUCCGGUCCGGAUCAUGAUGGAACUUUGCCAUUGCCUUUGGCUCACCCGUCAAACCUCUAGAACCGGCACUGGUUGAAUGAAUCGGACCGCGCCGGAGAAGGGCUAUGUUCCCACAGACCCAGAUGUGGAGACGCAGCAUGAACUCACGGGACAGAUAAUAACUAAGGCAGAGCACCGCAAACAACGUGUCGGCUAAGAUGUCUACAGGUUUUGGCACUAAUAUCUUACCCAUCACUAUCCUGUUUGCCCUCAGUUAGCUUUACUUUAAGAAUUUGUGGGGAUACACUGGGGACUCUUACUUAAUCUUUGCCUACACCGUCUUGGGGACUCUGCCUGUCCUGUAACGCUUAAGCUUAAACAACAACUAGAUAGCCAGAUCAGCAGCAAAGUUUAUCCUGUAUAACCACGUAUUCGACUAGUCAGUUCUCAUGUUAUUUAAAGCAUAAUUCAGUUACGUGCAGC